CAAAACAAAACAGGUCAUAGACACAACACAACAUGCAAACACUCCUCGCUGGCCUCACCAAUCUAAACCCCUCUCUCUCUCUCACACACUUCUCAUAGUUCUACUUUCUCUGUUCAACUCACUUUCUUACUAUCCCACAUUUUCUUUUCUUUCUCUCUUCUUCAACUUCAUUCAAAACUUUGAUCUUUUCUCUCUUCAUAGCAUCUCCACCUUCUAACAAGCGCCGGAAAACCCUACACUCUUUUCUAAAAUUUACCGGCGAAACAGAUGCGACCCUCUUUCUAGAACCUCACGGCGAGUCUCCUUCGCCGGAAACAAGUUCGCUCUUUUCUGAAGAAUCCGGCCAAACCAGCACGACCCAGUUUCUAGAACCUCGCCGUGAGACCCUUAUUCGCCGGAAAAUUCACUCUUUUCUUACAUUUCCGGCGAAACCAAUGCGACCCAGUUUCUAGAUCCUCUCGAGAGAGUCUCACUGGCCGGAAAAGUUUGCUCCGUUACGUUUUUACCGGCGAUCUAUUAACCUCUUCGCCCUGCAACAAUGUCACUCUUCGAUGGAGCUUUCAUGAACACGCAACUCUCGAAGCACACUUCAAUCUUCGGUCUCCGUCUCUGGGUUGUGAUCGGAAUCCUCAUCGGAGUUUUCAUCGUAUUCACUCUCUUCCUCCUCUCUCUCUGCCUCGUCUCUCGCCGGCAGAGCCGGCGCUCCGGCGCAGGCGACUACAAGGUCGCCGGAGACCCUGAUGUGUCAAAGGAAAUCCACACGAUUGUGCACCUUCCCGGACCCCACAUGCUCCUGCCACCUGCGCCGGCGAAGGUGCCGGAGAUCCACGUGGACAUGGGGAAGACGGAGCACAGGGUGGUGGUGCAGUGUGAUCGGGUUUCAAGUGAAGAGAGUAAAGGAACGGUGGGUAGUGGGUGUGAAACGACGUCGUCCUUUGGGAGUGUUAGUGUUGGUGGGAUUGGACCUGAAGUUUCACAUCUUGGGUGGGGAAGAUGGUACACUCUGAGAGAACUUGAAGAUGCCACAGGUGGGUUGCGUCCUGAAAAUGUGAUUGGCGAAGGUGGCUAUGGUAUUGUUUAUCAAGGUCUCCUCACUGAUGGUACCAAAGUUGCUGUUAAGAAUCUCCUGAAUAACAAGGGCCAAGCUGAGAGAGAAUUUAAAGUAGAGGUAGAAGCAAUUGGUCGAGUGCGACACAAAAAUCUUGUUAGGUUGCUUGGUUACUGUGUUGAGGGGGCCUACAGGAUGCUUGUGUAUGAAUAUGUAGACAAUGGCAAUCUAGAACAAUGGUUGCAUGGAGAUGUUGGAGCUGUAAGCCCUCUGACGUGGAAUAUACGCAUGAACAUUAUAUUGGGAACAGCCAGAGGAUUGGCGUAUCUUCAUGAGGGUCUUGAACCCAAAGUUGUCCACCGCGAUGUGAAAUCAAGCAAUAUACUACUUGAUCGCCAAUGGAACUCCAAGGUUUCUGAUUUUGGGCUUGCUAAGCUUUUGUGUUCUGAGAAUAGUUAUGUCACAACUCGAGUGAUGGGGACAUUUGGUUAUGUUGCACCAGAAUAUGCCUGCACUGGAAUGCUGACUGAGAAGAGUGAUAUUUAUAGCUUUGGAAUACUUAUCAUGGAGAUAAUUACUGGGAGAAGUCCUGUUGAUUAUAGUAGACCACAAGGAGAGGUUAAUUUGAUAGAUUGGUUGAAGACUAUGGUUGGGAAUCGAAAAUCUGAGGAAGUAGUUGAUCCUAAGCUACCUGAGAUGCCAUCUUCUAAGGCUCUUAAACGUGCUCUAUUAAUUGCUCUCCGGUGUGUUGAUCCUGAUGCAACAAAAAGGCCAAAAAUGGGACAAGUGAUCCACAUGCUUGAGGCAGAUGACCUGUUAUUCCAUACUGAAUCCAGAACUGGGGGAGAGUCAUCCCGUUCUCAUCAUGAUUAUCAACAAGACCAUAAGGACUCAAAUUUAGAUAAGAGAACAGAUGGAGGGAUCGUUGAUCAAAGUGAAGAUGGUAGUUUUAGAAACCAUCAUCAGCCCACUAGAUGGAGAUGAUAACAGACUGAUAAUUAAAUAGAAUUAUGAGCUUAUUUUUUUGGUCUUUUGUAGUUUGCCAAUUUUUAUUUCUAGUUCAAUUUAAAAAAUGAAGGUUGUAUCCUUUUUUUUAGUUACAUAAUUUUCUACUGCUGUUAUCAACCCCAAGUUGGGAUUCAUAUUCAUGUGUAUACUCUGAUUCGUUAUUAUGAAAAUAAAAAUAUUUAUGACUAUCUGUUC